AUGAUAUGUGAUGAGGCAUUUUUUUCGUCAUCACUUGACAAACCUACAAGUGAGGAUGCAGUUACAUCUUGGUAUGUAAAUCCUCAAACUGCAGUUGAGCAUCAUACUGAUAUAAUGACAAGAACGUGGUCAAAAGAAAUUCAUUUGGAUGCAUGCAACAGACCUAGCCUUUCAACCCUUCUCGACUUCAUAAACAUGAUUCAGAAUUUGUCACAAGCUCAUGUGGAGAGCCAACCCAUAUCAGCCGACCCACGUGUGAAUCACACAUAUUUAAGUAUUCCUUCAAAUAUUUGUUUAAACAGUUCUUCAUUGGUACUGUAUUAUCCUCUCAGUGACUAUGGAUCAGUGCAUGAUAUAUUGCGAAAAAUGGGUGGUAGAUUAAGUGACGAACUCAUGUGCGCUAUUUUCAGUCGAGCAGUGUUAUGCGUUGAUCAGUUACACAGCAAUGGCCUGCUUCAUCGAGGUCUAUGUUCUAAACACCUUCUUCUGAGGAAAAGAAUGAACACCAGCUCAAAUCCUUGUGAGAUCGAAGUUGUCUUGUGUGGUCUUGGAAGUAUGGCGCAUCUGCCACCACCCUGGAGUUCUGUGGCACGGAACGACUUGCCUUUUCUCUAUGUCGCUUGGCGUGGUUGGAGGGUAUCUGAAUCAUCAGAGAACCAGUCGUACAGUCACCCAGUUGCUUGGUACAGUCCAGAGUUAUUGGCACAAGAUUUUACUGGGUAUUCUUGGUCGUCAGAUGUAUACAGUCUAGGCCUCAUAUUGUAUGAGAUGUUUACCGGUCAGUCACCCUACCGAGGAUGUUCUUCCUCUCUAAUAUUCCUCAAGAAAAUGCUUCGACAAGAUUUUCCACAACUCUGCAAAAACAAUGUCAAUGAACCACCCAGCUGUGAAAUGGAAACGAUCUACAAGGCUUGUACACAUCAUGAUCCGAAGAAGCGUCCAUCUACUAAAUGUCUAUUAAUAUGCCAUGGAUACAAUUGGGUUUAA